AUGACGGGCAAUUUGCGGUGGCUGGCUAACUAUGGCCAUGACUCGCUGUCAAACGGAGUCUCCUUUGGUAUGCCUUGGCCAAAAGGUCUGUAUCAGCCUGGUCAGGUUUUUGUCAUUGAAGGCAAUGGUCAGGAAUAUACUCUAGAUUCGAGAGAAAUUGCCUACUGGGCUGACGGGUCACUCAAAUGGACGGCACACUCGGUCAGUGGACACGUUGGGUACAGCGAGGAGUACACUGUCAAAGGCUCCUCCAGAUCUAAGGACAAGGAUGCCGGUGUUGUCAUCGAGAAAGGCGAUGCAAGUAUCACAGUCACUACGCGCCUUGGUCUGCAGGUCAUAUUUGCAUGCUCAGGAAGUUCAUCGUUGUUCGAAAGCGUUUCACUGUAUGGCCGCGCUGUGUGUUCUGGCGCCACUCUUGUCGCGUCCGUCGAUCACAAGGAGUAUUCGACCAUUGUCAGCAAAGUUGAAGUGGAGAAUGCUACGUCCUCCAGAGUAGUCAUCAAAGUCUCUGGGACGAUGGCCUCCCCUGGCGCUGAGCACCUCCCGUUCGAUGUGCGGGUCUAUAUAUACUCCGGCGCGUUACCCAUCAAGAUCCUGCAUUCUUUCGUCCACGAUCUGGACGCAGAUGAACCUCUAACAUCACUGGGAAUUCGUUUCUCAGUCCCCUUAGAGAAAACGGAGCUAUAUAACCGGCACGUUCGUUUUGCAGGUUCCGAUGGAGGCAUCCUCAAGGAAGAAGUCCAAGGACUGUCUGGAUUACGACACGGCCCAACAGUCACCAACCGGAUUGAUCAAACAGCAGGACGAGCUGUCAUUCUCAAGCAAGAAGAGUGGAUCAAGACAGAUCUCUCUCAAGCUCUAUCAUACAUUCCGUCCUUUGACUCCUACACCCUCUCGCAGCUAUCCUCCGACGGCUUCACCAUCAAGAAACGGACGAAAAAGGGCUGCUCCUGGGUCAAGGUGACCGGCGGUGGUCGCGCAGAUGGGACCGUGUAUCUAGGCUCAGCCAGACACGGCGGCGUAGCCGUUGGCAUGUCCGACUUCUGGGAACGGUACCCGACUCAGCUCGACCUGGCCAAGCUCACUCAGGGCGAGAGUGCGAUCACCGUGUGGCUUUAUUCUCCCCUUGCAGAACCGCUCGAUACUUCCCCAUACCAUGAUGGACUCGGGCUGGACUCAUACGAGAAACAGCUGCAUGCACUCGACGUCACAUACGAAGACUACGAACCGGGCUUUGCCACUGCCAACGGUAUCGGAAGGACGAACCAAUUCUUCCUCAAGCCGUACACAUCUACCCCUUCCAACCAGGAACUGAGCUCUUUCUCGGCUCUCGUUAGAAAUCCUCCGCGUCUAGUACCAACAACCGAGUACAUGCACUCCACUGGCGUCUUCCACGGCUGCUGGUCACCCGCCCACAAACAGCCUCCGCCGGCGCAAGAAAUGGCCAUCGAGCACAACCUCGACCUUUUAUUCAGCCACUAUCAGAGACAGAUAGAGCAACACCGCUGGUACGGCUUCUGGGACCACGGGGACGUGCAGCACACCUACGACCCCUACCGGCACGCCUGGCGCUACGACGUAGGCGGCUUCGCCUGGGACAACUCGGAGCUCUCGACCGAUCUCUGGCUGUGGCUAUACUUCCUGCAUACCGGUCGCGGAGAUGUGUUUAGGACGGCCGAGGCAAUGACCAGACACACCAGCGAGGUAGACGUGUACCACGCAGGCCGGUUCAAGGGUUUCGGCACGCGGCAUGGCGUCCAGCAUUUCAGCGAUAGUUCGAAGCAGCUUCGUAUCUCGAAUGUGCUCUACAGGCGGAUAUACUUUUACUUGACCGGCGAUGAACGCACGGGCGAUUUGAUUUCUGAGCUGCAGGACUGUCAAUUCGCCCUAAUGACUCUCGACUCGCACCGUAAAGUGCAAGCACACGCUGAUGUCCCAGAGGGCUUCGCCAUGACGAACAUCGGUCUUGAUUGUGGUGCACUCGCGGCAGCAUGGUUGACGGCGUGGGAACGACGGACUGAAGACUGGGAACAUCCCCGCGCCCUCUUGAUCAAAUUGUUAGACGGCAUCGCCGGCCUGAAACACGGAAUCGGCAACAACGCCAUCCUCCUGAACCCAACCACGGGAGAGAUCCGAGAAUGUCCCCCGCCAACGCCGGAGUACGCCAUCUCCCACCUCUCCAUGCUCUUCGGGUUCCCCGAGACAUUUGUUGAGCUUCUUGACUACGCGCGCGACAUGCACCCCGCCACCGUCAACAACUUUAUGGCCCUAUGGCUCUCCUAUUGCAAAGCGUAUAAUGGGGGGCCUGAAGUCCAGCGUAGGGAAUUCGGGUUCGAGUUUCCGGGCCAUGCGACCUGGCGACAGAGUCAUUCUACGCUUACGGCGUUUGCGGCCGUUCAGCUGAAGAGUGAGGACCUGGCUCGCGCGGCUUGGGACCAGUUCUUCCACACUGAUGGGUACACGGAGAGUCAUGAGUGGAGAGUUGUCGAGACUGCGCCGCCCGAGUACUUUACGCAGGGGGAGGAGGCUGCUUGGAUUACGACGAACGAGGCAGCGAGGUAUGGGGUGUCUGCCAUCUUCAAUCUGGCAAAUAUCCGGGAGUACUUGAAGCCAUAG